AAGAAGGAGCGAGAGCGAGCGAGCGAGGAUGAGGAAGAUAUCCCGUCUGUGAGCUGCUUGUCACUUUUCGCUGCCAGCAGGCGCCGGGCGAAGGAGCUGCUAGAACAAUGCUGAGGCGCGCGAGGUGAGGAGCCCAGCCUGGUGCCCCCCGCCCCCCGCCCCGACGGAGCAUCAGGAACAGGUGAUUGGAGCCGCCGGAAACCAGGGCCACCUGGCCACCCCUCCCCUCGCCUCGCCAGCCGGGCGCCCCAGAGACAGCGGCGGUGGGGAACCAUGGCGACCAAUUUCAACGACAUUGUCAAGCAAGGCUACGUGAAGAUGAAGAGCAGGAAGCUCGGGAUCUACAGGCGGUGCUGGCUGGUCUUCCGGAAAUCUUCCAGCAAGGGGCCCCAGCGGCUUGAGAAGUACCCGGAUGAGAAGUCGGUGUGCCUGCGAGGUUGCCCCAAGGUGACUGAGAUCAGCAAUGUCAAGUGUGUCACGCGGCUCCCCAAGGAGACCAAGCGGCAGGCAGUGGCCAUCAUCUUUGCGGACGACUCAGCGCGCACCUUCACGUGUGACUCAGAGCUGGAGGCGGAGGAGUGGUACAAGACCCUGUCCGUGGAGUGUCUGGGGUCUCGGCUCAAUGACAUCAGUCUAGGGGAGCCAGACCUCCUGGCCCCGGGCGUACAGUGUGAACAGACAGAUCGCUUCAACGUCUUCCUGCUGCCCUGCCCCAACCUGGAUGUGUACGGCGAGUGCAAGCUGCAGAUCACCCACGAAAACAUCUACCUCUGGGACAUCCACAACCCCCGCGUGAAACUCGUCUCCUGGCCGCUCUGCUCGCUGCGCCGCUACGGCCGGGACACCACUCGCUUCACCUUCGAGGCUGGCCGGAUGUGCGACGCUGGGGAAGGCCUCUACACCUUCCAGACACAGGAGGGGGAACAGAUUUACCAGCGGGUGCACAGUGCCACACUGGCCAUCGCAGAGCAGCACAAGCGAGCCCUGCUGGAGAUGGAGAAGAAUGUGCGGCUGCUGAACAAGGGCACGGAGCACUACUCGUACCCCUGCACGCCCACCACCAUGCUGCCCCGCAGUGCCUACUGGCACCACAUCACAGGCUCCCAGGACAUUGCUGACGCCUCUAGCUGUGCAGCCUUGUGCCCACAGGUGAGGGGUAUGGGGCAGCCCAGGCCUGCUCAGAAACGGACCUCCUCCACAGAUUUAUCCUGCUCAAGCCAAAGUCCAGCCCGGGGGCCAGUUGUGAGGCUCAGAGCCCCGCCCAGUGACACAGGACCGCCAGGGCUGCCUGUGCCGGCCUGGCUGCAGUGACCAGGGAUGGCCCUGAGGGGCUGCUGGCCAUCAGCCCAGACAGGUGCUGUCCCUCCUUUUCCCCUGAGGGUGAAGCUGGAUGAAGGCAUAGGGCUGGCCACACCGCCUGAGCAUGAGGGGCUGGAGCCACGUGGAACUGUGUACUGUUCGUGAUUUAAUAUAUACGGCUUAUGACAUAUUCUGUAUUACUGAGACUUCUCCCCUCCCGCCAUCCCCACAUACGCACUUCUAAUCCCCGAGUGGGUCAUGGGCAAGGCUGGGUAAGAGUGUGAGCAGCGGCCCUGGCCUCUGUGGCCCACCCCUCCUGCCACCAGGCCCUGCUCGAGCUGCAGGGACCAGAGGGGGGACAAUCAGGUGAUGCCGGCACUGACCAUGGGCCUUCCCCAAGCAGCCCAAGGGCCGACAGCAGGUGGUUACCCUGCUCCUCUGGGCCCAGCGAGGUACUGGAAGGGCCCGGCCUGGCACUUGGGAGGGUGACGCAGAGGGGACAUCUGGCUGACAUCUCAGGUGAAUCUGGUCUUAAAACAGCAUCUCUGUGCAGGCUCUUUCCUGCCUGCUGGGCUCAGACGCCCCGAAGUAGGGGUGCCGUGUUCUUCAGACAAGCAGAAGAAGGCUGUUUCCCGCCCGGGGCCAGGCUGGGCCAGGCCUGUGGAGAGGGCCCCUGCCACCCUUCUCAAUGUCGGGUGGGCACUGCCUGCUCCCCUGGGACCAGCCAGAAGCCCUCAAAACCCCAGACCUCUCCUCCUCCCCACACGGUGCUGAGGCUCCUGCUGAAACACGACUCAAGCAAUCCUUGUUCCAGUGCUGGUAUCUAUCGAGUACCGUGCAGAAGGGCUAUCUUUCUACCCACAGCAAACCUUGGCUUACGAGGUUUGUGGUGUUCUGUUUUUAAGUACCUUAGGGUUCUGAUUUGCAGGACUGGACCUUGUAAAUAACCACUAUUGGAGCUGUGGCAGGAGGCUCCCUCCCAAGAGGGCCCUGCAGUCCAAUCGGCCUAGCACCUACUCUGGGGAGUGGACACCCCACGGAGUAAGCGGGUCCCUUGGCCUUGGGGAGAGCGGCCGAGCUGGCUGGCUCAGCUAGUGGCACUAUGAAGCAUGAAGGAGAUGAUGUUGUGCUCUUUAUUGCCAAAAAUAAAAAACUUUACAAAGACA